AUGGAGGAGACAACCACCACUACCACAACCACGGGAGAAAAGCACGGCGAAGAGCAACCGGGGAGUGGGAAGACGGCACAGAGCUCGGUGAUCACCUUCUACCAAGUAAAGAUCGCCGGAACACCACGCAAUGUGACUGUAAUCUGGUGCAAGAGCCUGAUCAACCACACCUUGACAGUAUCUGUGGAGAAGCCAAACAGUACUGACAAUACAUUCACCUGCAAGGUUGAGCUGAAGCCAUGGCCAUUUUGGAGCAAAAAAGGUUUCAAGUCCUUUGAAAUGGACGGGCAGCGCAUUGACGUCUUCUGGGAUCUCCGGUCAGCAAAGUUUUCAGGUGGUCCGGAGCCCGCCGGAGGCUACUAUGUUGCCCUGGUGUGCAAUGAAGAGGUGGCAUUGUUGUUAGGGGAUUGCAAGAAGGAAGCAUACAAGAGAACCAAGUCCAGACCAUCAUUAGAAGAUGCAACCAUAAUCUGUAAAAGAGAGAAUGUAUUUGGAAAGAAGUGUUUUUCAUCAAGAGCAAGAUUUGAUGAGAGGAGGAAAGAACAUGACAUUGUUGUGGAGAAUUCCAUUUCAGGGCCAAAAGAUCCAGAGAUGUGGAUCAGCAUUGAUGGGGUUGUGUUGAUUCAUGUUAACAAUCUUCAAUGGAAGUUUAGAGGCAAUGAAACAGUGAUUGUGGAGCAAGUACCAGUGCAAGUCUUUUGGGAUGUGCAUGCCUGGUUGUUUUCUAGUUCUGGCCCUGCCCAUGCAUUCUUUAUAUUCAAGCCGGCGUUGCCGGAAAACAACGCCGGUGACGAUAAUGGUGAGGAUAGCGGAGGUGAUGGAGGCGGCGCUGCAAUGUUGUCGUCUCCGUUACCGUUACCGUCUUCCUCAUUGCCGGAGUUUUGCUUCUUCCUCUAUGCUUGGAAGGUGGAGUGA